UCAAGAUGGCGGAAUCCACAGCGGCUAACCCGAACCAGCCGAGUGCCUCCAAAAGUGAUGAAAAAUCACUAGAUAAACAAACAUUGGCUGCAGUUUUGCAGUUUUUGCGAAAAAAUAAUCUAAAGGAAACUGAAGACUUGCUGAAGAAAGAGGCUAACGUUGAAGAAACUGAUGAAAGUGUUGGCACCAGUACAGAUCAAGAAGUUACAUCAGUCUUGUCAGCUUAUAACAGUGAUGGAGACCCAUGUAUGUAUGAAGAGUUCUACCGAGGGUUACAAAACAUUAUUGAAAGUUCCCUGGAUUCAAGCAAGAGUGAGUUGGCACAAGUGCUGUAUCCUGUCUUUGUCCAUAUGUACUUAGAACUGGUCUACAAUGGUCAUGAGAACCAAGCCAAGACUUUCUUUGCAUCAUUCAGUGAGGAUCAGGAGGAACAUCACCAAGACGACCUAAUUCGACUCGCCACCGUCACCAAAAAGGAUCAUAUGGUCCACAAUGAGCUGAUUAUGAAUUACAGGACAAGCAAGUACGUGAUUCGGAUGUGCCGUAAUUCCUACCAGUCGUUGAAGAGACAGUUGCAUGACCGGCAAAACACCAUGGUGCUAACUAUUGUAGAGGAACAUCUCUUCAUUGAUGUUUUUGACGGAGUACCACGAAGUAAGCAGCAGAUUGAAGCAACAGCAGGGGGCAUGGUGGGCCAGGCAAGGAGAGACGCCAAUAAGGGGAGGGUGUAUUACGGCUUACUGAAGGAACCGGAGAUAACCCUUCCAAUGGAAGAGGAAGAUGAAGGAGGAGAGGAAGGAGACAAGCCCAAGAGAAAACGGCCCAAGAAAGAUGCAUCAGCUGGCAAGAAAAAUAAACCUGAUCCCAAUGCCCCUCCAGCAAACAGAAUCCCACUUCUGGAGAUGAAAGACUCCGAUAAAAUUGACAAAGCCAUAGCUUUGAGGGAGUUGUCCAAGAGGAUCAGGCUGGGGCCAGACUGUCUGCCGUCCAUCUGUUUCUACACAUUCCUGAAUGCAUUCGAGGGGUUGAUAUCGGUGGACAUCAGCGACGACUCCAGCCUGAUGGUGGCUGGCUUUGCCGAUUCCUGCAUCCGCGUCUGGGCCCUGACGCAGCGUAAGCUACGCAACAUGAAGCUGGGGAGUGAACUGGCACUCAUCGACAAGGAGGCAGAUGAUGUCAUGGAGAGAAUCAUGGAUGAUAGGACAGCGUCAGAGUGCCGGACAUUACUUGGCCACAGUGGCUCCGUGUAUGCUGUCAGCAUCAGUCCAGACAGGGGCUACGUCCUGUCUGGGUCGGAGGAUGGCACUGUCCGGCUGUGGAGCAUGUUCACCUUCUCCAAUCUGGUUUGCUACAAGGGCCACAACUACCCGGUGUGGGACGUACAGUUUGCUCCCUAUGGCCAUUACUUUGUCUCGGGGGGCAACGACAGGACAGCAAGGCUUUGGACAACUGAAAACUAUCAGCCAAUCAGAGUGUUUGCAGGACAUUACUCGGAUGUAGACUGUUUAAGAUUCCACCCCAACUCUAACUAUGUGGCGACAGGCUCGAGUGACAGAACCAUUCGUCUGUGGGAUCUGCAGAAUGGCAAAUGCGUGCGCAUCAUGACAGGUCACAAGGGUCCCAUUCAGGUCCUAUGCUUCUCUCCCAAUGGUCAUUACUUAGCCUCUGGCGGCGCUGAUGGCAGGGUCUUGAUGUGGGAGCUGCGGCACGGACAUCUGGUGGCUGAACUCACUGACCACUCGGACACUGUGUAUGCUUUGGCCUUCUGCAGGGAUGGCAGUGUCCUGGCAUCAGGUGGUAUGGAUAACUGUGUCAAGCUGUGGGAUGUGAAGAAGGUCUUCUCAGAAGUUGAAGCGGAGGACAUGACUACAACACCCAACAUUGUACAAUCUUCAAAGAGCAAGCUUUUGUUGGGCUCUUAUCCCACCAAAGACACUCCUGUACACUUUCUCCAUUUUACCCGACGGAACUUGCUACUGGCUGCAGGGUCUUACGCAAAUGCGUCCAGCUGAAGAGAGUUGUUUGGACGUGACCAGCUCUGUGUCACUUGUCAGCCUCUCAACCAGGAAUUGGACAAUUUCCUCUUUGAAAAGUUGUUCAAAGCUUCAGCAACCCUUCUUGUAUGAGGGAGAUGCACUUACUUGGAAUGGUGCUCUUGGUGCUCUGUAGUGUUGGGGGGAGUUUUCAAGGAUUCGGGAGGAUUUUUAACAGAGAGAGAGAGCUAUCCGACAUUGUUGACUUUCCAGUGAAUGGAACCUACUCAGCUUACGUUAACUAAAAUGCCUUGUGUCAUUUGAACCCCCAAGCCAUUGAAGUUUCACGUGAAAAUGGGAACUGUUUGAAUUAUUGUUGAUCUGUGACACAACUUACAUGUAAAGCGUUCUUAUAAAAAUAUGAAGAGGCACCAUGUCAGUAAAUAGUUGACACAUUCAGUUGUUCUCUUGAGGGAAAAACGAAGAGGUAGACAUGUUACAGGUAUGAAAUUAAAGUUGAAAUUACAAUGUGUAUGAUGCUUGUUGUUCCAUAUGGCUUCUGACCAGAGCCCCUGAUUAAAGAUGUUGACAAAUGGGAAGGGCCACCGUAAUGUAAGGCUAAAUACCUCAGUUGGUAGAGCACUGGUACGGUAUUCUGGAAGUCGCAUGUUCAAAUCCUGCUCCAGUCAGUUUCUUUGUUCAUCUUUGUAAUGAACGAUUUCAACGUUUUUACAUGUUACAAGAUGUUUCCCAUUCCAUCACCGAAAUUGCAAGAGAAACACUCUGAUUUAUCAAUUCCUGGGAGAAAACAGGUAGCCUGUUUUCUUCAACAAAGCCCACAAUUUCCAUACAUUUAACCUCUUUUUUUUUUUUUUGAUCACAACUUGUUUGCUAAGUAUGCAAGGGCUCGGGUUGUCAUCAUGUGUUGAUUUAUGAAGUGGUUAAUGGCUGUGCUGUACACUGGCAGCGUGUGGACAGUUUUGACCAACAUGCAUGUGACCUGAACGACAUGCAUGUCGUCACCCCGUAACUUCGGUGACUUGCGGUCGUUUAACUACAUGGUGAGUCGUUGUUCAUGAGAUGAAUCGGCAGUAUAUCCUGGUUAGAGGAAGUGACACAGACUUGAAUGUAUUUUCUUGCCGGCCUCAACACAAAACUAGAUUUAUUUAGAUAUAAUUUAUCUCGAAGCACAUGUGAACUCACCAAGAAAGCGAGUCAUUGAAAUGAUACACAAAAUAGCCCAUUUUGAAAAAGUACUACGAAUGGAAAUCUUGUGCACCUCCUUUAAGGGCAAAAUGAGGGCUAAGACCAAUCUUUUUAUUUCUAAUUGACAGAUGUGUGAUUAAAGUUGAAACUAUCGGGUGCAUGAUGCUUAUUGAUGAGUUGUAGCUGAAUAGCCAAUCACAGUAGGUGGAACCUGAGGGUCUACUAUUGAGAAUAUUAAUGUCACCUGGUCACGUUCAUACGUGGGGUGGUGAUACCCUAUGAUGAUUGGGUACGCCUAAGUUUUAAGUUAGGGAUUGAUCUCUCCGGCGAUUAAGAUACUCCAAAUAAAGAUCAAGAAUUGGCACAAAGAAUGA